AGUCAACAGGGGGCGGGACCAUGUCCAGCUCCAAUCGCUCAUUGAAAAAAAGAGAAAGUUUUCAAGAUGGCGGAGCUGGGCUGCUUUGGAAAACAAUAGAAACUCGGAGGCUCGAGGCUCCGAACAGAACCGAACCGCACACGGCCCGCGCCCGGCCGGCUGGGUGUCAUCCGCGGGGCAGACUCGGAACUCGGUGGUUGGACGGGAUGAGGACCGGUUCCGGGGCUCCGGGCCGGCCUCCACGCCGCUGCUGAAGCGGGGCGCUGCGGGCUAGCAGCUAACGGCUCCGGGAUCAGCUGUUCCGCGGGCAGAUGCUGUAGGAGCGGCGGGCACACUCGGCCUCAUACGGUGAUGGAGCGACUCCGCCGGAAGAUCGAGCUCUACCGUCAGCAUCAAAUCAACUGCGAGAGCCGCUACGAGAAGGCGUCGGUGGAGCGGCUGGAGCUGGAGCGGCAGCAGACCGUCGCCCUGCACCAGCGCUGCCUGCAGACCAAAGCCAAGCGGGCCAGCAAGCACCGCCAGCCCCCGCCCAGCGGCGACCAGGCCGGGCAGAGAGCGGCGGCCGCCGGCGCGGAACACGGAGAGAAUGGGGGAACGGCGCCGGAGCAGAGCCGGAACAGCACGCUGAUAGCGUUGCAGGAGACGGUGAAGAGGAAGCUGGAGAGUGCCGGCUCUCCGCUCAGCAGAGAGCCGGCCAAUGGAUACGGCGAAGGUUUCCCCCCGAACAAGAAACCCAGUCUGGACAACGGCGCCCCCAAUGGCGCCCUGCUGGACUCCAAACGGGGCAUCAGCAACCUGCUGAGCUUCAACGGGACCAACGGGGGGGCCGCCGGGUCUGCCGACGGCGUUCAGGAGGGAGACCUGAACUUCCAGCGGAAGGAGAUGAAGCAGGAGCCGGAGGACAUCCUGCCCAUCAUGCCCCCGUCGGUGGGGGGCAACAACAGCCUGAUCCCCGACCUGAACCUGAACGAGCAGGAGUGGAAGGAGCUGAUGGAGGAGCUGAACUUCACCGUGCCCAUCGAGGACAUCCAGGACAUCCUCAACAACGGCUUCGAGGACCGCAAAGACCCUCUGGAGCUGGCCCCCAGUCCCACCGGAGGGGGGGCUGUGGAGGGCGGACCCUCGGCCAGGGGGGGGCCAUCUUCCAAGGGUUUGAUCCCCCCGGAUCUGGUCAGCGUCAAGGCGGAGUUUCCCUCGGCGUCUGCAGCCUUUGAGCAGGACCCCCACAUGGGGUCCCCCCACGUCAGAUCCACCCCCUCUGGACCCCCUCACCCCACCAGUUCCCCCGUCGCCUCCUCCGCCUCCUCUCCAGCUCUCGCAUCCUCCCAGCCACCCCCUCCUGACCAGAACAACUACCCAGCUCCUCCCCACGGCGCCACCAACGCCAUGACGUCUGUGUCCGGGAACAACCCCUGCGCCGCCCAGCCCGCUGUGAACUCCGCUGGGGGUAACCAUGGCAACGCACCCUACCUGAACAACCAGGCGGCGGUGGCGGCUGCUCUGAAGCAGCAGAUCCUGGAGCAGCAGAAGAAGCAGCAGAUCCUGCAGAGGCAGCAGCUCAUGGCUGAACAGGAGAAGCGGCAGCAGGACCAGCAGCUGCAGCGACACUUGACCCGGCCUCCUCCUCAGUACCAGGAUCAGUCUGGACCGCCGACCAAUCAGAACCCGUUCCCUCAGCAGCAGGUCGGACAGUUUCCAGCUUCCUCUCAGCCGAUGGGGAACGGCUCCAUGGGCGUUUCCAGCAGCAGUUCCCGCGUCUUCUCCCAGAACCAAAGCAUGAUGGGAAUGACCAUGGGACAGGGGGGAGGCCCCGGAACCACCGUAGCUCCACCCACAGCUGCGAGCCAGGCCGACAUCAGUCUGGCGUCGUGUGGUGGCGGAGGAAGUGGUGCCGGCGUGGACCCCCUGUACAAUAACCUGAACCUGCAGCACGGUCUGCAGCGCCAGCAGAUGGGCGCCAUGAGCGCCCCCUACAGGCAGAGCGUGCUGGGCCAGCAGCACCUGAAGCCGCAGCCAAACGUCGCCAUGUUAAAGCAGCAGCAACUGGCUGCCGCCCGCAUGCCCGGCGCCAUGCAAAGCACUAUGGGAGGCGGGCUACAGGCUCAAAUGCAGGGGGGUCAGGGCGCCACCUGGCAGCAGCAGCAGCUCGCCACCCAGCCGGCCUCCGGAAACGCCAGCCUGCCUCCAAACGUCUUCAAUAACCCCCCCAACGCCUUCCACAUGCAGCGUGUCCCCAAGAUGGCCCCGGCCCCCGUCCCCUUCGCCAGCAGCCUCGGCGGGCUGCCCAUGACCGGCAUGAACCCGGGGCAGCAGAUGAUCCAGACCAAUAUGGCCGCCCAGCAGAGGGCCCCGCCCCCCGCCCCCAACAUGGGCCAACCUCUGGCCAAUCAGCAACAGGCUCAGCAGCAGCCGGCCAACCAGAACCUGUCGGACAUGGUGGCCUUCGGGCAGCAGGUGAGCGGGCGGCCGGCGCUGCAGUGUAACCAAGGUUACCAGAUGAGCAGGACGGCCAAUCAGCAGCAGCAGCAGGUGUCCUUCGGCUACAAUGCCGCGGCCGGGAGCUUCGCCGCCGAGAGCGAACUGGUGGACUCGCUGCUGAAGGGGCAGGAGUGGAUGGCUGAGCUGGACGCGCUGCUCGCCAACCACCAGUGAGGGUCCACGCCGGAGCCGCCGCCCACUUCCUGCUGCAGGCGCGAAAUUGGGCGGGGUUUGUCUGCGCCCUAAUCUGUGGAGCGGCUACCGAAAGCCGCCAAGAUCCAGUCAGCCGACCCGACCCGUGUGGCCCAGCCGGGACUAUGGGCCCGGCCCAGAAACGAGAACACUGAUCUCCGCUGGCCCCGAAGAAUAAGUUAGUAUAGGGGUCCCGAUCCGGACGGGGCGUCCCGAUCCGGACGGGGUCUCCUGCAAUGGUUUCUGGUUUCGUCCCCUGAAGGAGAUCUUUGUUCUGAGGAGAGCCCAGUCCCAUCAGCCCGUUUGGACCUGAUGACCCGGUUCUGGAUCAGCUGGCACUAAGACUACUCCUGAAGCUCCGGCUCAGCGCAAAACCACUGUAUUGACCCCACAGCGCCUCCUGCAGGCCAGCAGGGCAUUGCAGCCAGACGACCCAUUUUAAUGUUCUGAUGAGGUGAAGUCGCUCUGAACCCAUCGAGGAGGAAAGGAGGGGGCGGAGCCACUUUAAAGGACCUGACCUGUGAAUUCUGGAGUCUGCUGUUACCGAGUUCACCGUCUGUUUAGAACCAAGCAGGGGUUCUGAUCCAACAGGGAGGACGAACUCCGAACCCUAAAGACAACCGGGUCCUUUAAAGUUUGACUCCUUACCUCCUCCCGUCUUCUGAGCGUAUCCAGAACCUCAGGCGGUUCUGAAGGUCUGACAGGUUUCCUGGUCUGUGGUGGAGAGAGAUUCUAGCAUACCGCUCUCCACCUGAAAACCCAGACCUGAGCCUUCCGCUGUCAUGUUUUCUUCCUCUGGAAACUCGUGACCCCUGAUGCUAAAGACCACCUCAAGCAGAAACUCAUCUGGACCAGAACCAGAGUCCAGUCUGUCCUUCAGACGAGUCGUGUUCAAAGGUGAGAGCUGGCUCCACCCAACACGAGGGUCCGGUUCUGGUCCGGUUCCGGUGGGCUCAGAGCGCUUUCAGCCGUCGGGUUCUGGUUGGGUUCUGCUCCUGCCGGUUCUGUUGGGCCGGCUGCUGCGGGCGUCUGUGUAAAUGCCUAUAAAUAUGUUUGUAUGUCGGCCUUUCCUAAUGACCUGCAGAAGAUAGAAGUUAUUUUUAUAUAUGGCAGCAGAUUUUUGUAAGUAUUUUAUACUUUUGAUAUGUUCUCUGUAAAACAAGAGUAUUAUGUCAAAUAUAGUUCUGUAGAAACA